AAGCUUAUUUAAAUGAUAAUUAUUUUGGUCCUAUCUGGAAUAUUUUAAAUAAUUUAGAAAAUAGUGAUGCAAAGCAACAAGCAAGAACUAAAUAUUUUGAGCUUCAAAAUGGUAAAAUAUACUUAAUAGAUGGAAAGAGACUAGCAGUCCCAGCUGACAAAGCCUUACGAACAAAAAUUUUAAAGGAACAUCAUGAUAUUGAAAUCGCUGGUCAUCUUGGAAUUGAUAAAACAUGUGAAUUAGUUAUGAGAAAUUUUUAUUGGCCUAAAAUGAAUAAAGACAUACGUAAAUAUAUACUUAGUUGUAAUGAAUGCCAACGUAAUAAGAGCAGUAAUCAAACACCUGCAGGAUUGUUGCAACCUUUAUCCAUUCCAAACCAAAGAUGGGAACAAGUUACUAUGGAUUUUAUCACUCAACUUCCAUCAACACCUAAUACUACUAUUACUGCUCCUGAAGUUGCAAAAAUUUUCUUUUCAGUCAUUUUUAAAAAUCAUGGAUUACCCAAAGCAAUCAUUUCAGAUCAAGAUGCAAAAUUUACCAGCAAUUUCUGGAAAACAAUUUUUCAACAAUUAGGUACUAAGUUGUCAAUGUCUACAGCUUUUCAUCUGCAGUCAGAUGGACAAACAGAGAGAAUGAAUCAUAUGUUAGAAGAAAUGUUAAGAAUUUAUGCAACAUACAAUCAAGACCAAUGGGAUGAAUACUUACCUGCAGCAGAAUUUGCAUACAAUAAUUCAAAGAAUGUCUCCACAGGUUUCACACCAUUUGAACUUGAUUGUGGAUAUCAUCCAAACACCCCAGUGACAAUUUUAUCGAAUAAUUCAACAAGAACAGGUCGAGUAGAUCAAACGGAAUUGGUAAAUAAAUAUGGUGGAAUUGUCAAAGUUUAUGGAUUAUUCAAUAAACCAGACCUUAUUAUUGCCGACGAGAAAGCUUUACGAAAAGUAUUAGUUAGUGGGGCGAGUGAUUUUAAUAAGCCUAAAGGAUUUUUGAAUGUCAUAGAACCAAUUUUGGGCAACGGAUUAUUGAUAGCAGAAGGUAAAGAACAUAAAAAACAACGUAAAUUAAUGGAUCCUGUUUUUAACCACAGUAAUAAUAUGGUAUCUACAUUCGUAAAGAUUGGCAAUACUGUAAAAGAAUUAUGGAAAAAUGAAAUAAAGAAUAAUCAUAAUAAUGAUGUUGUUGAAAAAAAGAGAGCAAAAAUUAAUAUUCUGAGUUAUAUGUCAAAGGCAGCAUUGGAUACUAUUGGUAUAGUAGGAUUUGAUUAUGAAUUUAAUUCAUUAACAACAUCAUCAAAACUAUCAGAUGCAUAUAAAGCUUUCUUUAACUCAAAAACUCAUUUAAUAUAUCGAUUAUUAUCAAAAAAAUUUCCUAUACUAGAAUCACUGCCAGUCAAAGGUUUUCGAGAUGUUAAAGAAACCUCACGUGUAAUUGAAGAAGUUACAACCGAAUUGGUUAAUGAUAAAUUAGACAAAUUUGCUAAAGGGGAAUUAAGCAAUGAGAAUGAUUUAUUGAGUAGUUUAAUAAGAGCCAAUAAUGAAGAUGAUUUGAACGAAGAUGAACAAAUGAAAUUUGAGGAUGUAAAAAAUCAGAAUCUAGAAGUUCAAAAUAAAUUAAGAAAAGAAAUUGUUAAAGUAUUUCCAGAUAAAGAUUUUGUACCAACGCCAGAACAAAUCAAUUCAUUGGAAUAUUUAAAUGCUGUUUGUAAAGAAACUCUUAGACUUUCUCCUCCAGGCCCGUUUACAAUGCGUGUAACAAAUAAGGAUACCAUAAUUAAUGGACACUUAGUUCCAAAGGGAACAAUGAUAUUUGUAGCAAUAUUCACACUUCACCAUAUGGAGUCAAUCUGGGGUCCAGAUGCUAGAGAAUUCAAACCAUCACGUUGGUUUGAUGAGCAUACCAAAAAGGUCGUAACAAAUUAUAAUUAUAUGCCUUUUAUGACAGGUCCAAGAUCAUGUAUUGGCAUUAAAUUGGCACUUAAUGAAAUAAAAACUAUCAUAACAAUGUUAAUAAGAAAUUUUGAGUUUCAUGAAAUUGAAGGAUCAGAGAUCAAAAAACAAUUUAAUUUCAUUUAUAAGCUGGAUCCAUCUUUUGAAUUAUGGAUAAAUGAAAUUGAUAAUUAA